AUGACGCGGACGAUCUACCCUAAACCAGAUAUCUUCAAGAGGCGCAAAUCGGUACUGGACAAGAUCGUCUCCGUCGCCCAAAGAAGCUGGGUUCACGCACCUCUGCAGGUCACGCUGGCCUCUGCCGUCAUCCUCGGUAGUGCGUUCUCGUUUCGUAGCAACCAGGACCCGGUGUUCAACGACUACAAUUCCAUCGUUAAGGUAGUGGAUCACGUGACCUCCCUCAUCCUGACGCUGUGCAGCCUGACUAGUAUAUAUUGCUUGCUGAAUAACGUCGAACCCGCCUACAAUUUCUUCAAAAAUCUUUACCCGGAAGGAAAAGGACUGUUCGUGCCGCUGAUCGCCAUUCGAAAGUUCCACAUUCUGAGAAACUUCCUCCUCUGCAACUUAGUGAUCGGCUCGCUGAUCACCCUAAACGCCUCGCUCUACAUAUCAACGUACGGGUGGUAUUUUUAUCGGGGGUUCGUGUUCCGGGACGUUCAGUUCUACGUCUUCAACCUGGUGAUUUUAUUGUUGCUGACGUUCGCCCGUAAAAUUGAGCUUCGCUUCGUCGAAAUGAACCGGCUCAUAGUGUAUGACACGGAGAAGUAUCUGAAAAGGAACGUCGUGGAAGCCCAAACUGGUGACCAACACUUCUACAGCAUCAAAAAUUUCAGGAAGGUACACUUCGAACUUUGUGAGCUGGUGGAGAAAUUCAACGAGAUGUUCGGCAGGAUUCUGCUAGUUUUCAUACUGUUCAUAAUAGCUAAUAUAUUGGAAAACCUGACCACGGUCAUCGAGUACGUUUUACUUAGCAAUAAGGAUGACGGGAAAAGGAUUACUCGGAUGUACUUCUUCGGAUUAAUCAGCUUCUGGAUCUUGACUAAUGUGGGACAAGCUUUCCUAAUUUCUUUCUACGGCGAGUUCAUCACGCGCGAAGGAAAGAAAACGACUAAAAUCUGCUUCUCACUGUUAAACGAACUCCAAGGGGUUGCGAGGGAUGACAACGAAAGGUUGCUGAAAGAGGAACUUCAGCUGCUGGCUCUGCAGAGCUCGACCCGGAUGCCAUCUCUGUCCGCCGGUGGAUUUUUCGACAUUAACUUUCGCGUCCUCGGCAUCAUCAUCAACACCGUUACCUCGUACUUGAUCGUUAUAACGCAGUUUCUGUUAAACUAUCGCAACUGGUGAAAAGGAUAUUUUCUAAAAAAAACGCCACUUGGUAUAAU